CCCUCUCAUCCUUCCUCUUCCUCGUCCACACUCCAUCCAAAGAAGAGGGAAAGCACCGGACAGAGGUGGGAGGAAGGCAAAGUCUGCUCUUCUCACCUCGUGGCCCCCGGGCUCCUCCAUCCUCGUUCUUUCACCGCCAGCACCCCUGCCCCAGAGGAACCCCUCAGGAGCUGAGGCGACUCGCCCCACUGCCAUGUCCAAAAGCUUGAAAAAGAAAAGCCACUGGACUAGCAAAGUCCAUGAGAGUGUCAUUGGCAGGAACCCGGAGGGCCAGCUGGGCUUUGAGCUGAAGGGGGGCGCCGAGAACGGGCAGUUCCCCUACCUGGGGGAGGUGAAGCCGGGCAAGGUGGCCUAUGAGAGCGGCAGCAAGUUGGUGUCGGAGGAGCUCCUGCUGGAGGUGAAUGAGACCCCCGUGGCGGGGCUCACCAUCCGGGACGUGCUGGCCGUCAUCAAGCACUGCAAGGACCCGCUCCGGCUCAAGUGUGUCAAGCAAGGAGGAAUUGUUGAUAAGGAUCUUCGUCACUACCUCAACUUACGAUUUCAGAAGGGUUCUGUGGACCAUGAACUUCAGCAAAUUAUUCGUGACAACCUCUACCUCCGCACGGUGCCAUGCACCACAAGGCCACAUAAGGAGGGUGAGGUCCCCGGAGUGGACUACAUCUUCAUCACCGUUGAAGAUUUUAUGGAAUUGGAGAAAAGUGGUGCUCUCCUAGAAAGUGGGACUUAUGAAGACAACUACUACGGUACCCCAAAGCCUCCAGCAGAACCAGCACCAUUAUUAUUAAAUGUAACAGACCAGAUACUUCCAGGAGCCACUGCGAGUGCUGAAGGAAAACGGAAGAGGAAUAAGUCAGUGAGCAACAUGGAGAAAGCAAGUAUAGAGCCUCCUGAGGAGGAAGAAGAAGAGAGGCCUGUGGUCAAUGGAAACGGAGGGGGAACACCAGAAUCCAGUGAACGCGAAGACAAGAGUGCAGGUGCCUCAGGGGAGACACCCUCCCAGCCUUAUCCUGCACCAGUGUACAGUCAGCCUGAGGAGCUGAAGGAGCAGGUGGAUGAUGCAAAGCCAACUAAGCCUGAAGAGAAUGAGGAAUCAGACCCUUUGCCUGAUAACUGGGAAAUGGCUUAUACAGAGAAGGGUGAAGUCUACUUCAUUGACCAUAACACAAAGACAACAUCAUGGCUGGAUCCACGACUUGCGAAAAAGGCUAAACCUCCAGAAGAGUGCAAAGAAAAUGAGCUUCCAUAUGGCUGGGAAAAAAUCGAUGAUCCCAUAUAUGGCACUUAUUAUGUUGACCACAUAAAUAGAAGAACACAGUUUGAAAACCCUGUCCUGGAAGCAAAAAGGAAGCUACAGCAGCAUAACAUGCCCCACACGGAACUUGGAACCAAGCCCCUGCAGGCCCCAGGCUUCCGAGAAAAACCACUCUUCACCCGGGAUGCAUCCCAGUUGAAGGGAACAUUCCUCAGCACCACCCUAAAAAAGAGCAACAUGGGUUUUGGAUUUACCAUCAUUGGUGGAGAUGAGCCCGAUGAGUUUCUGCAGGUGAAAAGUGUCAUUCCGGAUGGGCCCGCAGCACAGGAUGGAAAAAUGGAAACAGGUGAUGUCAUUGUCUAUAUUAAUGAAGUUUGUGUCCUUGGACACACUCAUGCAGAUGUAGUCAAACUUUUCCAGUCUGUUCCUAUUGGUCAGAGUGUGAGCCUGGUGCUGUGUCGUGGCUACCCUUUGCCCUUUGAUCCUGAAGAUCCUGCUAACAGCAUGGUGCCACCCCUUGCAAUAAUGGAGAGGCCACCUCCAGUGAUGGUCAAUGGAAGACAUAACUAUGAAACAUACUUGGAAUACAUUUCUCGGACCUCACAGUCAGUUCCAGAUAUAACAGAUCGGCCGCCUCAUUCUUUGCACUCAAUGCCAGCAGAUGGUCAGCUAGAUGGCACGUAUCCACCACCUGUCCAUGACGACAAUGUGUCUAUGGCUUCGUCUGGGGCCACCCAAGCUGAACUCAUGACCUUAACCAUUGUGAAAGGUGCCCAGGGCUUUGGCUUCACUAUUGCUGACAGCCCUACAGGACAGCGGGUGAAACAAAUACUUGACAUUCAGGGAUGCCCUGGCCUGUGUGAAGGCGACCUCAUUGUUGAGAUCAACCAGCAGAAUGUACAGAACCUGAGCCAUACAGAAGUAGUGGAUAUACUUAAGGACUGCCCCAUCGGAAGCGAGACUUCUUUGAUUAUCCAUCGAGGAGGUUUCUUUUCUCCAUGGAAAACUCCAAAGCCUAUCAUGGACCGGUGGGAGAAUCAAGGCAGUCCUCAGACAAGUUUAUCUGCUCCGGCCAUACCGCAGAACCUGCCCUUCCCACCUGCCCUUCACAGGAGUUCCUUUCCUGACUCAACAGAGGCCUUUGACCCAAGGAAGCCUGACCCAUAUGAGCUCUACGAGAAAUCUAGAGCCAUUUAUGAAAGUAGGCGUCCAGAUUAUAAGGAGCUGGAUGUUCACCUUCGCAGGAUGGAGUCUGGAUUUGGCUUCAGAAUCCUCGGAGGAGAUGAGCCUGGACAACCUAUUUUGAUUGGCGCCGUCAUCGCCAUGGGCUCAGCCGACAGAGAUGGCCGCCUCCACCCAGGAGACGAGCUGGUCUAUGUCGAUGGGAUUCCCGUGGCCGGCAAGACCCACCGCUACGUCAUCGACCUCAUGCACCACGCAGCCCGCAACGGGCAGGUCAGCCUCACUGUGAGAAGAAAGGUGCUAUGUGGAGGGGAGCCCUGCCCAGAGAACGGGAGGAGUCCAGGCUCCGUAUCAACCCACCACAGCUCCCCACGCAGUGACUAUGCGACCUACACCAACAGCAACCACGCUGCCCCCAGUGGCAACGCCUCUCCGCCCGAAGGCUUCGCCUCCCACAGCCUGCAGACCAACGAUGUGGUCAUUCACCGGAAAGAGAACGAAGGCUUCGGCUUUGUCAUCAUCAGCUCCCUGAACAGGCCCGAGUCCGGAUCCACUAUAACUGUGCCCCAUAAAAUCGGACGCAUCAUUGAUGGGAGUCCUGCAGAUCGCUGUGCAAAACUGAAAGUGGGAGACCGGAUCUUAGCAGUGAAUGGCCAGUCUAUCAUCAACAUGCCUCAUGCAGACAUCGUGAAGCUCAUCAAGGACGCAGGUCUCAGUGUCACCCUUCGCAUCAUUCCUCAGGAGGAGCUCAACAGCCCUGCCUCGGCACCCAGCUCAGAGAAGCAAAGCCCUAUGGCGCAGCAGCACAGCCCCCUUGCCCAGCAGAGCCCUCUGGCCCAGCCAAGUCCAGCCACCCCCAACAGCCCUGUCACCCAACCAGCCCCUCCUCAGCCACUUCAGCUGCAAGGACAUGAAAACAGUUACAGGUCAGAAGUAAAAGCAAGACAAGAUGUGAAACCGGACAUCCGACAGCCUCCAUUCACGGACUACAGGCAGCCACCCCUGGACUACAGGCAGCCCCCAGGAGGGGACUACCAGCAACCCCCACCCUUGGACUAUAGGCAACCUCCGCUGCUGGACUACAGGCAGCACUCCCCCGACACCAGACAGUACCCUCUGUCAGACUACAGGCAGCCCCAGGAUUUUGAUUAUUUCACUGUGGACAUGGAGAAAGGAGCCAAAGGAUUUGGAUUCAGCAUUCGUGGAGGAAGGGAAUACAAAAUGGAUUUAUAUGUGUUGAGAUUGGCAGAAGAUGGGCCAGCAAUAAGAAAUGGAAGGAUGAGGGUAGGAGAUCAAAUCAUUGAAAUCAAUGGGGAGAGCACAAGGGACAUGACACACGCCAGAGCAAUAGAACUCAUCAAAUCUGGAGGAAGAAGAGUGAGGCUGCUGCUGAAGCGUGGGACGGGGCAGGUCCCAGAGUAUGGUGCGUUUCACAUUUUGACUCACCUUUUCUCUGUUUUUCCCAUGUACUGUAAAUGCCUAUGCUUAUUUAUAAGACUAUGUCAGUUCUCUAAUUCUACCUAAAUAUAUAUUUAGCUAUCAAUAGAUACCUAUACACAUAUGUACAUUUAAGCACAAGAUAUAUAUAUGUGUGAGCUCGUUCUUUUGCUCCCUUAGUUAAGUAAUGUUUAAAAUAGCAAAUAUAGGACCAUUCAGGGCAUCUCUGAGUGUGCUGGGAUAUCCAGCCAUCACUAUGAUACUAGAACUUUCGUAAUUUGACUGAUGGUCUUCUGUUCAUUUGAGUUCACAGUAAUUUAUCAAUUAUUUUCUAAAAUUGCUUGUGCAUCAUACUGUCCGAUAGGAUAUGUAACUGGGGCCAGGGGACAAACAAGAACAAAUAUUCAGGAUGUGAAAAUGAAAGUGUAAACUUCAAUUCAUGCAAUGAUUAUAUUUCCUUGGCAUUUAGGGAUAUUUAAAAAAAUUCACACUCAUGUUGUGAAUCCACAUGUUUUUGAGGAAGGCUUUAAAGUGGAUUUUAAUUCAUAGAUUUUCUUCAGAAGACUUUAAUGGUGUUAUUUCCCAGGAGACCAUUUAAGGCACCACUGACAGCAUUACUAAGAAACUGCUGGGUGGUCAUUACAUGACCUGAGCUGUUCUUUAAUCUCACGGAUGACAGACAGAUAGAGAGAGAGGUAUCAGGGAAGAGCAGUGUGGAUCAUGCCCACCCAGAUUAGGGAAAAAGGGUCUAGCUGCUGACUGUAACAAGCAGUUCAAAUUAUUGAUCUAGAUAAACUGACUCUCAUCUUAAUUCCUCCAUCCCCUUCCUUCCUCCACCAAAAAAUUCAAGUAGUCCUUUUCCCUCUCUAAUUAUUUUUUUCCUAAAUUGCCUAAUAAUUUACUUCCUUAUUUAGCAGGACAGUAUAAUCCUGAGUUCAGUUGAAAUAUCUGAAUUCAAAAGCACUUAAAUACUUUGUUUCCAGGUUCUUGAACACAAUCCAAAACCUACCAAAAGGGUUGGCAAGACCUCACAUUAAGAGUCAGAAAGGAUUCGGAAGUUUCUGUAGGGCUGGCUCUGUGCCUAAGGGAAUAUUUCAUCCCAAUCUGCCACCCUUAAUGUUUGGAUCUAAUAAAAUAUUUUAAAGUAUUAAUAUUAGCAAUAAGCACAGGCCUGAUCCUAUUAAACAACACUGGCAUUAAUCCUUUAAUAAAAGAAUCCAAACACUUGGAAUAGAAUAACUUUUUGCACCCUAGAGCAUUAAGUGAUUCAGUAAUAUCAAACUGACCUGAGAUUCUAUCACUUCUAAAAAAUACCUCAUUUUAAAGGUAUGUUUCACUCUAUGGCAAGACCUUACUAUUACCUAUACUAAGGAUUUUCAUAGAGUUAAUAUUGCUCUUGUUGUUCUAGAAGGUUAGUUUUUUAAAAGUUCAUCUGAACAACAUGGCUAUCCUGGGCUUCCUUUUCUCUUGUAGAAUCACUGUUUGGUCCACACUUGCAGGGUCCACCAUGCCAGCUGCUUGUCUGUAUGGGUCAGUUAGGACAGUACUACUGACCAACCUGUGGCAUUACCUGUAAUGCAUAAGCAUGAAGCUUCAUCAAAGAAAAAGUGAAAACAUGUUUUUGAACAAGACAAAAAUUCAAGGUCAUGUCAAAAUUAUCUCAUUAACUUUUAAUAUCAUUCAAAAAUGUCUAGUUAAGGUUAAAUUCUAAAAUUAACUAACACAGAAAGUUUGUUAAAUAUCUGGGCACACUUUUGAGGGACCAAAACUCUAGCAGUCUUGCAUCAUUUCAUCUAAAUAUAUUUGAAAAUGUAA